AUGCAAUUGUGCCACCUGACCAGCUCAACGGGAACCUUGCCCGCAUCUGAAUCCUUCCAAGCAGAAGACAGCUGUUCUACUGCAUGCCACCGAAUCGGACAUCUGGGUGCAUUCAAGUUCAGACGUCGGGCUCGGAAGAAUUCAACAGCACGGAGCAGUUCUAGAAGCCCUGUCGGGGAGAAAGUAAGGCUCGAGGCCACAGCUCCUCACCGCUUCCAACUCGAUGAGGUGCUAACCAAAAUAACCCGAAUUCCAUACCAAAGAAAGAGUCGAUACGCCGGUUUCAUGGAACUCCCGCAGCAAGGAGUAGUGUCUUCCUUGUGCACCAUGACCAUCCCAAGCUCGGCAUGGAUCAUCGUGACCAUCAUCAUCAAGCGACCGAGAUAA